AAAUAACCACACGCAUGCGUUCUAUGACCCAAAACAAACUCGCACAUUGCAGAAGCAAGCCUGUGUACUUUGACCCGCAAGCUCCACUUUAAGUAUAAGUUGGGCCAGUCAUGAUUACAAUGCUUCGGCAUUUGAGGAAACCACUGGGUGACCAUGCUGGCCUGAUCCUGUCCAAGAUGCAGAGGGAGCCGAAGAUCAAGCCCAUUGGGCGGAUGUUUGCUGUCCAGGACUCCCUGCCCAGACUCCCCCUCCCGAGCGUGGAGCAGACACUGCACAAGUAUCUGCGUACAGUACAGCCACUGGUCAGUGCUGAGGACUACCGCCAUACGGAAAAGCUCGUUGAAGCCUUUAAGAAGUCUCCUGGUCCUGAGUUGCAAGCUCUCCUGGAAAAAAGGGCAGGUGAAAAAACAAACUGGCUGUCCGACUGGUGGAAGGAUGUGGCGUACCUCAGUAUCCGCACACCGGUUGUCAUCAGCUCCAACCCAGCUGUCAUCUUCCCCCGCCAGGACUACACCGACAAGAAGGGCCAGCUCAGAUUUGCUGCGAAGGUGAUUGCUGGUGUCAUUGAUUACAAAGUGAUGAUUGAUGAGCAGACCCUUCCGGUGGAGCUGCUGGGUGGGAAGCCUCUGUGCAUGAUACAGUACUACACCAUCCUGGGCGGCUGCCGCGUCCCGGGGGUGAAGAGGGACUCCCACGUCCUAUACCCAUCCACUGAGCCCAACCCACCCAGGCAUGUCACCAUCAUGCACAAGAAUCAGCUGUUCUCGCUGGAUGUGUACGGCAAUGACAACCGGCCCCUCAAUGUGGAGCAGCUCUACCAGCAGCUGACGAAGAUCGUGGAGAUGUCCCCCAACACCGCCCCCUCCAUUGGCGUCCUCACCAUGGGGGACAGGACCAGCUGGGCCAAGACCUACAAGAAGCUGGUCAAGGACAAGGUGAACCAGACGGCCAUGGAGAGCCUGCAGAGGAGCAUCUUUGUGAUGUGUCUGGACAGUACCGGCGAGCAGCCCACGGACGAGGACCACACGAACAGUCUUGCCAUCACCCAGAUGCUGCACGGCGGAGGCAGUGCAUACAACUCGGGCAACCGCUGGUUUGACAAGACAUUGCAGUUUGUUGUUGGUGAGAAGGGAGUGUGUGGCCUGAACUACGAACACACCACAGCGGAAGGGCCUCCCAUCGCGGCCAUCAUGGACCAUGUGCUCACAUUCUGUGAGAAGAAUGAGACGGGGCUGAAGGCGGGGGGCAUGACAGACGUGCGGAAGAUGGAGCUCAACUACUCCAAGGAGGUGCUCAAGGACAUUGAGGAGGCCAAAGUGCAAGCAGACAGCAUGGCAAAUGAUGUGGACAUGAGAGGGGUGACCUACGACAGGUACGGCAAGAACUUCGCCAAGUCCCAGCGACUCAGCCCUGAUGGUUACAUCCAGGUGGCCAUGCAGCUGGCAUACUUCAGAUUGUAUGGCAAGCCGUGUGCCACGUACGAGACAGCAUCGCUGCGUCGGUUCCUGCAUGGCCGCACCGACACCAUCAGAUCCUGCUCCAUCGACUCCUUCAACUUCACCAAGGCCAUGCUGGACAGCUCUGUGUCACAGGAGGUCAAGGUCGACCUCUUCAAGAAGGCUGUCCUGGCUCACAGGAAGUACACUGAUGAGGCUAUUAACGGCAAUGGAAUUGACCGCCACCUCCUGGGGUGGAAGCUAGCAGCAGUGGAGGCAGGCCAGAACAUCCCUGACCUCCACAUGGAUGGAUCUUACGCCACCAGCCUGUACUUUAAGGUUUCCACUAGCCAGGUUGGUGCCAAGCAUGAUGCUGUGAUGGCGUUCGGUGCAGUUGUCCCCGACGGCUAUGGCAUCUGCUACAACCCUCAGAACACUAAGAUCAACUUCUCUGUGUCGUCAUACUUCAACAGUCCGGAGACCGACUCGAAACGCUUUGCCACAGCUCUGAAGGAGAGUCUGGAUGACCUUCACACAUUACUGGGAGCCCCUCAAGCCAAGUUAUAGGCUGGUGUCGGAUGUGUGUGACCUGAAUGUGUGGUAGUUGUUCCAAGGCUUGUAGGAUAGUUGUCCCUAAACCCUAGCGUGUAUGAUUGUGAAACGACAGCGGAAAUGUUGCUAGGAAGUGUAACACGAACGUCUGUCCUUGACACUCACCUGUUGCCCUUGUUUGUGUCCAUUUGCUAAAAUAGAUUCUACUUUUAGUCAGGGCUUGAUUUAGCACAAGUGCAACCUAAUAUUUUUACAUCUACUUGCACCCAGUGCUUGUCAAUGUUUUUGAAUUUGUGUCUGACCAACCCAUAUGACAACUGAUCUUUGAACACUCAGGUCCUGUAAAGUUUAUUUAACAUACUACAUCACUAAUCCCUGGUUAAGAAUAAUUUGUUAUGUUUUCUUGGGUGUGAUGUCAUCAAACAGCACAUGUUCCUACUACGUUUUAUAGCAAUGCUAUUUUAUAGCAGCAGACUGGCCUAUGUUUCAUGCCAGCAUGCACCCGGUGCAAGUUAAAUCAAGCCCUGAAUUUAUUGUGUGUAUGGUGUGGGUAAUUCUUGAAAUAUCAGAUAUUGUUUUGUAUUGCAAGAUGUCUUGUAACCAAAAGUUCUGAUAUGUUAGGUAAGUGUUGUACUCUUUAACGAUGAGCUACUCAGUUUAAUUAAGUUACCAUGGUUAUAUGACAAUCCAUUACUUGUUUUUAGAAAUGAAUUUCAUGUUCAGUGACCAUAAUGGUCAGGAUGUAUGCAAAACUGGAUCCCUCAGUUAAGAAGAAUUACCUUUUCUCAUGACAAUGUUAAAGUUGAUUCUCAAUACACCCACCCACCACUGUAUUAAGGCUGAAGGUGUGUGGCAUUGUUGCUCAACGAAAUUCUGAUACCUUUAUUUUGUAGUCAUGUGAAAGAGAAACAAUGUCAGUUGUUGAAGCAGGGUUUCAUAUGUUAUGGACUCCCCGGGUGAAGGUAGGAAUGAAACAGUCACCCAAUCCCUCCAGAGGAAGGGAAUUCCUGUCCUUUGUUGUUACAUGUAUUAACAUGUAGUGAGCGUCGUGGGACAGCAGUCUGUGAAUGUACAGGUUGUACCACUCCCCAAAUUGCAAGCAUAAUACGUGCAUGUGAUGGAGUCUCAUCAGAACUGCAGAAUGUUCUUGCAUAAUUAGGUAAUGUUUUCUUUCAUAUCUGUACAUAUGUGGCUACAAGAAAGUAUAUUUGCAUGUUCCCCUCCUGUGUAUUGCAUCUCAUACCACCUGUAUGAUAAUGCUGCUGUCAGUGCUCGAUUCUUCAAUGCAGUGUUCCUCAUUUAUAUCACUGUUAAAUGGGAGGCAUCCCUAAAGAAAUGGACAGCUGGAUGGGUUUUCACAUGAACAAUGGCAUGGAAUUGGGUUUCUUUUAGUUUUUGAUAGUCAAUGUCUGCAGAAGAUAGAACUGAAAACCCAUGUCCCUGCUCUGUGUGGCACCAGUACAUGUUGUACUGUGUCUGUCUGCAGGCCGUGUUUGUGAGUGAGUGAGUGAGUAUGGUUUAACGCCGCUUUUAGCAAUAUUCCAGCGAUAUCACGGCGGGGGACACCUUAAAUGGGCUUCACACAUGUCGGGAAUCGAACCUGGGUCUUCAGUGUGACGAGCAAACGCUUUAACCACUAGGCUACCCGACCGCCACCCGUGUUUGUGUAGCCAUACUUCCAGUCCAGACCGAUUCCCUUUGUUGUAGGUGAUGUCCUGCAUCAUUGUGAUACCUACUGAGUUGUACAGACCUGGCAACAUUCCCCUGGGUCUGUGCAGGAACGGUUGUGUGUUUGUUGAUGACCACUUUAUCAGAGGUCUUAUUGACUGGUGACAGUGAUCACCAUCAUUGUUUUGCCAAAUAAUAUUUUUUGCAAUGAAACAGUUUAAAAAACAACUUCUUAUGCUUCAAAGAAGCUAACACCAUCGUCUUAGCUUAGAGGGCAAUCAUUAAUGUGUCCUUUGUCUUGGUUCUCUACCUUCUGACACUGGGCAGAAUAUCCUCAGUUCCUCGGGAGUGAAGAGCUGACUCAUUGAAGAAGUUGUGAUGUGUCUUGAUAGUGUGGGUUGUUGCUCAUGCUGUCAACCAUUGGUUUGGUUGACCCAGAUUUAUCUAUAUGAAGGGUGCCUUGAUAUAGCUGGAAUACUGCUCUGAUCAACUCCUCCACGCUACUCAUCAUCAGGAGGCUUCUCAUGGAGAGAGUAUCGUUUUAUGUAAAGAACGUCCACAUAGCCUGUUUAUUUUGUAAAGUGCCUUAUUAAUUAACUUUUAAUUGUCAGUGCAAUCACUCACAACAUCAAGUUUGUUGAAUGUUAUAUAGCAGCAAUAUACAUGUUCAUAAAGUGUUUUGUGCACCUCCUGUAACAGUGUAUGUACACAGAUUACGUGUGCACACCCCACAGAUUUAUGUAGACUAGCUCAGUGCCCAUACUCACCCCAAGUCUGCAGCAAAUGUCAGUCAAAACUCCCGAUUUGAGUUAAAAAUUCCCGAUUCCUGAGAAUUUAAGAAAAAAAAAGCAUGUAGUUUCCCAGUUUGACUGCCAAGGGCACAGAGUUUGAAAUCCUAAAUAAAUCCCUGACCCAGGGUGAGACUUGCUGUGAUGAUAUCAAUCAGGUUUAAUAACCAUUCUCCAUAAAACCCUUCCCAUCAAAACGUAAUGAGAUGCUUUUGUAAUGAGGCAAAAGAGUUGCUUCCGGCAUUGAAAUAGUGUUGAGCACUGGAUCCCGGAAGUAUUUAUCACUAGCGUUGUUGGAAACCCCUGUUGUCCCAGUGAAGCAGAGGGGAUGACAGUGACUGAAAGCAGAUGGUCUUGUAUGGUUGUGACUGCACUGGUUCAUGGCAAGGUGGUAUAUAUGUCUGAGUGUUAUCUGUUGAGGAUAUGGUUUGUUAACUUGGGACACAAGUCGUUUCUGACUUGCUGCCUGAAAACAACUGAAUCAGGCAUCUGUUUAUUAUAAUGUAUAAUGAAAUAAUAUAUAAGCAGAACCCGAUUCAUGGUGUGUUAGCAUGCAGUUUUAGUUCAGUUUUAUAAUAAACAGGAUUGAACUAUG